UUAUUCCACAGCAUAUCAGAACUGAGAUGGAUGCCAAGUAAGCUAAGAAAGGGAUGGACAGAUGCCAGAUGUGUCACAAACCCUUCUCUCUGAGAGUCCAGCUGCAAUGAAGUGUUCUCUGGAGCUAUUGGAAAAAAACAGGCUGAAGGAAAUCUCUUCCUACUGACAUAAAGAAGGGGGCAAGUACCUGACAAAAUGCAUCAUAGACAGAGGAUGCAACAAAGCUGAUGAAAAGUCUGGAGGAUAAAUCAUAACAGGGAGUGGCUGAGGGAGCUGAGGUUGUUCAGUCUGAAGGUCAGGGGAGAUCUCAUUGCUCUCUACAACUGCCUGAAAAGAGGCUGUGGCGAGGUGGGAGACGGCCUCUUCUCUCAGGCAAUGGAUGGAAGAGCUGCUCCCAGCCAUGAUAUAGGCAGAGCCAGCUGAAGGUCUGAGGUGUUGGGCCCUAGCAGCAUAGCAAGUGGAUACCUGUGUGCGUGCUUAAGCAAGGACAGCAGGCCCUCAGCUGGCUUUUGGCUGCAUCCCUAAAACCUUCAGAGUGCGUGGUGGUUGGGGAAGCCAGGGCUGCAUCCCACGGCUCACAGCGCAAAAACAGGGCUCAGCAAGGCACCAUCCCAACCACGAGUAAAGGUACUUGGGCACAGCACAAAAAGCACCAGUUUGGUUAAAAACAGCUUUGAAACCAUCCGUCUCCAGCUCCUCUUUGCCCCCUAAGCGCUACGGCAAUUCAAACCCCUCUGUAGGCGUUACGGAGGCAGGGCAUUGAGACAAACCAGCGCAGAAACAAAACCCGCCACCGCCUACGUCUACGCUAGGAGCGUAACUACGCUGGGUGCGGAGCCACAAACCGAACCCCGCCCCCUGCUACGCUAGGAGCGUAUCUACGGCGGGGGCGUGGCCACGCGCGGAACCCCGUCCCACGGACGUAACGUAUGGAAGCGCUUCCGCUUCCGCCGCGGGCAGUUUGAAGGAGAUGGCGGGUUUGCUUUAUCCGUUGUCAGGUGGUGCGGUCGGGGUGGAUUCGUCUUUGUCGUUGCUAGAGGGGACCAUCCCGCGAGAUGCGUUGCCGGUGGAGCGGCCGCGGGCGAGCGGGAAGGAUGAGGAAGAGGAAAACGACGAGAACCUGCCCAUGGUUUUCCUGUGCGGCGGUUGCAAGCGGCCCGUGGGCGACACGCUGAGCUGGGUGGCCAACGACGAGGAGACGGAGUGCAUUCUCCUGCGCAGUGCCUCCAGCAACGUCUCGGUGGACAAGGAGCAGAAGCUGUCCAAGAGGCCUGGAGAGUGUGGAUGCAUGGUUGAAACGUUUUUCUGCUCUGGCUGCUCAAUGACACUUGGCAGUAUCUACAGAUGCACCCCAAAACAUCUCGACUACAAGAGGGAUUUGUUUUGUUUCAACGUUGAUGCGAUUGAAAGUUACAUUCUAGGAUCCUCAGAAAAGCAGGCUGUUACUGAUGAGGAACCUUUAACUCUUGAAAGUCGAGCUGCCUUGGAAGAAGCACUAAAAAGGGCAAACACCAUACUAAAUGCUCUGGAGGCAAGACUGGCUACUGUUGAAUCAAGAAUUGAUUCUCUUCACAGUAAAGCUUGAAAGAAAAUUCUUUGUGUAAAAUAACUGCUGGAGAUUGAUGUGUGUGGAACUCUGGAAUCUGUGGGAAUAUUUUAAAAGCUGUGCGAAGAUCUGGAAGAUGUGGGCGGUUUGUGCUGCAGUGGGACAAUGCCAGCUACUGAGUCUUUGUCACAGAUGAGGAGUUCCCUUUUUGUCUUAAAAAAUUAGCCUGGGAACAGAAAGACUUCUAAAAAAUAAUGUUUCUGUAGAUUUCUUGUUUAUAUGUAAAUAUUUAAUAUCUUUUUUUACCUUGGAAAGCAAAGUUGUCCUGUGGUUUAAUAUAUGCUGAACUGAGUUUGUAUCUCUUUCCUAAACCAAUUAGGGGGAAAACACAAAAACAACAACAACAAAAAAAACCAACACCCCACCCCGUGACUUCUGCUGUGGGAGCAAAAUAUGUCACUUUCUUGUCCCCAUGGCUGUUAUUUUAGCUAUUUGGACAGAAAUGUCACAGUAACUUUUUUUUUUUUUUUUUUUUUUUUUUUUUUUUUAUUGCAAGCUCAAGGCUAAGAUGAAAUGACUGUAAAGAAGGCUUCAAAAGCAUCAGCUACAAUGGCUUUCUGUGCAAUAUUGAGAGUCGUGUGUGUGAGAAUCUCAAAGAGGAGAAUAAAAAAGGCUAGUAGCAGAACAUCUUUUAAUCAAAGUUAGGUGCAUAUGUGAACAAAAUUCUGUGCUGUUUAGGAAACUUCUGUCAAUAUGUUGUUAAUAUGUAGAUCUUUCUCUUAUGGUUUACUAUAUGUUUUUUUUUCCCAACAUUGUGGGUUUUUUUUUCCCAAUAAAUCAAAGCAAGCAAUAAUUGUGUAAGGGAAAAAUCUUUUUAUUUCUGUUGGAAAUGGAAUGGAAUGGAAUCUGUAUUCCAUGGCCCAAUGCUAUUUAAUUGUAUUACUACUAAUUUUUUAGCAGUCUCCAGAAACUUGGAAUGAAUUUUCCCACUAUUCUUCCUAUUGGUAACUACCGUUUCCUCCUGGGAGCUCUCUUAUUUUCUGCUGCACCCUUCCCACCCCCUCUUCUCCUUUUCUUUAUCUACAGUUUUGUUUUAAAGUAGCAUGCAGUUGGGCCUGUUGUGGUUGUCUUGGAGUGUUUCAUGUUCCAGCAACUAAAACACUGUUAUAUGCAUGGCUGCUGAGGUAUUAUCUACUUAUUCUGUCUGAAUUACAAGUGUGUUGGGGGUGACAGACUGAGUAACCUAAGGGUUGUCAACCUUGACAUGGUGUCCAAGUAGGCCCUUGUGUUUAGUUACAUUAAACACACAUGUAACAAUUUUAAUUCUACUCUAGAUUCAGAGAGCCAAGUUUAUUGGCCUCAAGUAGCAUCUGUAGACAUGUUCCUCCAUUUAAAUAUUUGAGAGCAGUUAGUUGUAGUUCAGAGCUAUUCCCUAAACGGUUUCAUCACCCCAGUUUCUUUGGUGAUUUUAAUUUUUAAUACUCUACAUAGCUACUGUGUGUAGCAGGAGUAAAAUGUGUCUGUAAGCAAGCAUUAAAAGUAAGAGGUGGUUGCUUAUCUUACGGUGAGCACAUACAUUUCAUAACCAUCCAUCUUAUUUAGCUACUAAGAGAAAAAACACCUGCUGCUGGAGGAAUCAGAAAAGUAGAAUGCCACCAGUAGGUCCCUCAAAUUGCAGGCAGAAGUGACCACCUAGCCCAGAUUAGUUUCUGCCAUGAAACAUAGGUAACACAUUUUUAAAAUGUGUUAAAUAACAGUAAACUAAGGUGAGAUACAGUUUUCCAUCUUUUAUAAACUACCUGCCUUUGGCUACACUGUAUAUUUAGUGUCUUUCAGCACAUUGGAGGUGGGAGCUCUUGCACUUCAGCACAUAGACACUUAAAAUAGGUCUAUGCUCUCAAGAGUUACAAGCUGCCACUUUGCUAAGGUGUGCAAUGAAUGGGCUAAAUUUGAAAUAAAUUUCAUACAAAGAGCUGUGUACAUCUGCAUGGGGAAAUGUGUGUGUUGGGGGUUUAUAUGAAAUAAUUAUUUUUGCAGUGGAGUUCAAUUGGGAAUUGUUAUCUGGAGUGCUUAAUUGGGUGAAGAUAAUUAGACAGAUUGAUUGCUUGUUUGUUGAAAUAUAGAAAUAUCUACUGUGAUAUGUUUGAAUAGUUUUAAAUGUUAAUAAAAGCUGUUGUUCCCUAAACAACUGAAGUUAGUAAUAAAGUUCUAACGUGCCAGUAUGAUAAACAGGCAUGCAGUCAUGUAAAAGGUGUUGUUUUUUGCUUAAUAAGCAGUCUCCCUUACUGGUGGUAGUUCCUUCUCUGCUCAGUUUCAACCUUUGAACACAGGGUAGUUUAACUCUGGGGGUUCUGCAUGCUCUGUGGUCCAUUUACUUAUCCCAGACACCUUGCAUACUGUGCAGUGGGAGGGAAUGUACUGCCUUGUUUAGUGAUAACUUUUACCCUGUGUGCAGUUAAUAUUCAGUGCAUGUACAGCAGUACUUCAUAGCUCUCUAUAUGCUCAUAAGUGAGGGAAAGUAAAACAAAAUGCAUGUCUU